AAUGGCGUGAACCCAAGAGGCAGAGCUUGCAGUGAGCCGAGAUUGUGCUACUGCACUUCAGCCUGGGUGACAGUGUGAGACUCCGUCUCACAGAAAAAAAAAAAGGUAUGUUUUGCAAAUAUUUUCUCCCAGUCUGUUGCUUGUUCUUUUGUUUUCUUAAGUGACAUCCAAAGAGCAAGUGUUAUCCAAAGAGCAAGUUUUUAUAAAUUUCUUUCUUUCAUGGAUUGUGUGUUUUUUGUUGUACCUAAGAAAACUUUGCCUAAUUCAAGAUCAUAAAAAUGUUCUCCUAUGUUUUCUUCUAAAAGUUUUUAUUUUCACAUUUAGAUCUAUGAUCCAUUUUGAAUUAUUUUGCAUAUGGUGAAAGGCAUGAGUUUAUAGGUGUUAAGCUUUUGUUUUCAAAAUGAUGUCCAAUUAUUCCAACAUGUGCUUCUUUUCACUGUCUUUUAAUAAGGCUCAAUUUAGCAGACACUCUAUAUAUGAUCCACAAAAAGAAAGGGAACCUUCUAGCUUUGGUGUGACAAUCCUAUGGCUGGAGAUGAAAGGGCAGUUUCCUUUGACUGGCAGAAAUACCUAAUAAGUAUGCUUUCUACUCCAUAGAAAUGCAUGAUAUAGAAUAGUCCAGAAAGAACUGUCAAUGCUUUCUAGUCAAAGAUCACCAGGAACACACCUGUGGUUGAACAAGUUGAAUUUACUACUCAUUGCAGCAAGAAGAACACAUCACAGGGAACCAUGUGGCAUACUGGUAAGGUGAUUGAAAAAAUCCUUUUGUAAGAUUUGGGUUUGUGUUAGGUGAUCUGAUAGAGGGUUUAAGGUGGUGGAACUUUGCUCUAUGCUCUAAACAGGAUAUUGUCAGGAAGUGGGAGUAAUUCUAUGAUUGGGUAUCUUAAUAAAUCUUAUCUAGAAAGAGGGAAGACUGGAAUGAGGCUUAAGCUGUCAUUGGCAAAGAGGCAACAGCUACGUAGACUAAUUUGGUAUUUUCAUUUUGUGUAUUCCAUUUGGUGGGUUGGACAGCAUUUGUGUUUUUGUCUACAUUCACACAUGAUUAUGAAGUAGUCUUAUUUUUGUCCUGAUCCACCAUGAUCAUGGAGUGGCCUCGUCUGAUGUUGAUGUUCUCUAAAAUUAUUUUUGUUCAACAAGAAUACCAAAGCCUAGUGUGCCAGCAUUUACUGCAUGUCAGAAACUGCUUUUCUCUUUCUCAGAAUAUAGUGGUUAAGAACUUGGGCUCUAGAGUCAGACAAAAUUGUGUUUGAUUCUAGAGCCUGCUCUUCACUAGCCUGUGGGACCCGGGGUAAAUUAUCCAACUUCUCUAUGCCUCAGUUUCCUCAUAUGAAUAUAGGAUUCCCUAUAUUAGAAUAUAAUGUACUUGCUUCAUUGGAUUGAGAGAAAUCAGAUGAUCAAGGUUAGGAGCUGUGUCAAAUAAAUCUACCCUAUCAUUGGAAAAAUUAAGAAGGAUAUUGGUGCAGGCAAAGGAAAACCAACAGCACAGGUGAUUGUGCCAGGAAUGGCAAAGAGCAGUUAAGAAAGUGAGAAAAGAAAGCAUAAUGGUUUACACCGGGGGGUAACUAACCUUUAUAAAGCUGUUAAUUUAAUGCAAGGAUAACGCAUUACACUCAUGAAAACAUGGUGAAACAGGAAAAACGUGCGCACCUUGCAACAAGUAGGCUUCUUAAAUGAGUCCAUACUGAAACCCUGGGAAGAGUGUUUGAUAAUGAUGAAAACUAUGAUUGUGCACAUAACAGGAGACAGACUCACAUGUUGGGUAGAAGGUUGGGCUGGAGCUUUUUAAACUUCAGUGUACUAUCAGCCUAGAAAUAAUUUCUUGCUUUAACAUUACUGGUUUCUGCCUUCUUUCUGGUCCACUUUGAACCACCCCACCAUGUUAAGCAAUGUCACAUCUAAUUUCUAAGUUUUUCAAUAAGGCAAAAAGACUGUGUCUGUACCCAACUAAAAGAAAACUCAGUCACUUAAGAGGCUGGGUAAUUGAUAUGUGUAUUAAGAAUUUUGUUAAAAGAAUUUUAUUGCCUGAAGGCACUAAGAAUUCAUUAUUAUUGUUAUUUUGAGAGGGUCUCUGUCACCCAGGCUGGAGAGCAGAGGCACAAUUUUAGCUCACUGCAGCCUUGAAAUCCUGGCUCAAGUGACCUUCCUGCCUCAGCUUCCCAAGUAGCUAGGACUACAGGUGCAUGCCACCACACCUGGCUAUUUAUUUAAUUUUUGUAGAAACAGGGUCUCACUAUAUUGACCCGGCUAGUCUCAAACUCCUGGCUUUAAGCAAUCCUCCCACCUUGGCCUCCCAAAGUGCUGUGAUUACCUGGCCAGGGCUCAUUAAGACAUGACAAAAUCUUUCAAAAUAACAUCCAGAAAUAAAUGUUUCAUUUUAUUUUUCUUGAAACAGGGUCUCACUCUGUUGUCCAGGCUGGAAUGCAGUGGUGUGACCAUGGCUCAGUGCAGCUUUGACCUCCCAGGCUCUAGCAAUCCUCCUGCUUCAGUAUCCCAAAUAGCUGGGACUACAGGAGUGUGCCACAAUGCUCAAUUAUUAUUAUUAUUUUUUUAAGAGAUGGGAUCUCCCCAUGUUGCCCUGGCUGGUCUUAAAUUCCUGGGCUCAAGUGAUCUUCCCCCGACUCAGCCUCCCGAGGUGCUGGGAUUACAGGCAUGAGCCAUCUGUAUUUUAUUUUAACAAUCUAAGAAAGGGAGGUCACAGAAUGGGAAUCAAGAACUUAGAGGAGUUCAGACUAUAAAACGAAGAAAUACUACAAGUCAUGUAUUUCUUCGUUUUAUAGGCUGAACUCCUACACCAGGAGUUUCUGGUGAACUCAUGACCUCCCAAAGGAGCUCUUUUAAAUCUUAGUUGGUUUAUCAAACAGAUUCAACUGCUGCUUUGAGUUAUGGCUUUUGAUAACCGUAAAAAUGCAAAAUCUCCCAGGAGUGGCUACAAUCUUGUCAGUCAUUUGUACUUUAAUAAUAGAUUCUCUUGCAAAACGACGUGCAAAGGGAAGAAGAAACAAGACGUAAUUGUGCACUUCAUAAUUUUACCUAGAGUUCAACCUUGAAAGGUCACAUAUUAAGGAUAGAAGUUUGUGUAAUAACGAGAAAACAGAGGAUAUCCGUUUCUUCACAUACUGGAUAAACAACAAUCCACGGAUCCUGCUAAUCAUCCAAGCCAUAUGUUGAAUUGACAAGAGUAUUUAAUUUCCUCUUUCUGCUUUGAGAAACUAAAAUAUCUUCACAGUCUGAGCACAGUGGCUUAAGUGGCCUUAAUUCUCUGAUUUCAUAAGUUAAUGAUUAGGUUGAAGCUAUAAACUAUAGUCCAUUCCAUUUAAGACCUGGAUCAAAGUUAGCUUCAUCCAGCAUGUUUUACCACGUCCUUUCUGAGCUAUGUUGUCAAUAGUUACCAUUCAGUUCCAACAUCCUGAAUAUUCUGCAGUUGAUAAACCAUUUUGUGAGGUUUUUUUUUUUUUUUUUGCUUUCUGUGUAUGUUUUUGACUCGCGUGUUUUUGCUUCACUAAUCAGAUUGCGAAAGGAAACAUCUCACGUUUGCAUAGGACUUCACAGUUCAUAAAGACCUUUCCCACCCACCACAAAAAAAGUUUGACAAGUUUCCCGUCAUCUUCAUUUUAUAGGUGUGGAAAGGGAGUCAAAGAAAAGUUAAUAGAUACCAUUUAUCUAGUUAAGCAGGCUUUGAGCAGUUCAUCUCCUCCCGUCCUCAAAACGACCUUCUGAGGUGUCUCCUGCAACCCUGCUCUGAAGCUCAGAGCGAGACGGCCUCACAUCCCGGGGGCUCAGCUCUGGCGGGGCCGCCACGCGCCUCCCCGUCCGUGCCUUUGGACGGGCGAGGAGAGCUGCUGCCCCGGCGGGGACCACGUGGAGGGGCCUAAUCAGCAAGUGGCAAGGACGCGGCGCAAAGCCAGGCUUUCUAAUGUCCAAUCCGCGGCUCUUUCGAUACUGAAUACCCACCUCUGCAACAAAUUUCGAGCGCCUGGCAGGCCCUGCACCAAGCCUACGGUGAUGGCGACCCAGGCGGGUUUUUACUCUCAAGAAGCUCAAUUCUAGGGCAGGGAGAAGUAAAAUUAAAAAAAAAAUCAUAAACUGAAAAACACAUAAAUAAGCCACGUCUCUCCUCACCCCUAGCACUUAGUCACAAAGGCCUGUAGACUGUCCCGACGUGAACUUCUGAGCAGGCCCCGCUGUCAGUCCCUGAGGACAGCAGGCAAGGGAGGUUGACGUCCCUGGACGAAGAAAGUGCUGGAGAAACUGGCGACCGUCCCACCUUCCCUAAGGCGAAGGUUCUGAAUUCCGAAGACCGUUACUCGGCGCGGAACGCGGGCAGCCGCCGACGUCAAAACACCGGGCCUGAGGGCCGCGGCCUAGGCGUCUCCCGGGCUUCGCGCCCCUCGCCCGAUCUGAUUGGAUGGUGGCGGGAAGAAGGCGGGGAGACCCCCGGAGGAGGCGCGCGCAGGCCGGCCGGUGGUUCCCACGGAGGCGCCCAGGGGGCGAAGGGGCGGGAGCGGGCCUCGGAGCGUCGCGCGUGCGCAAUUGGGACACGGCCGGCUGGGGACUGCUGGGAGGGCCGGACCCUGCGAGAAACGGGUGGGCGUGUGCCCGGUGGGCGCGGGAGGGGCCCGGGCUGCACGAGCGCGCGUGCGCCUCGGAGCCGGAGCCGCGGGAGGAGGCGGGAGCUGAGGAGGCGGCGGAGGGGCGGGUCGCGUCGGGCGCCACGUCCGCAGCCAGAGGCCUCCGUCUCCACCUCCACCGCCGCCGCCACAGUCUUCCAGCUCCACAUCCUGAGAGGACGCCUCCGGAGCCGCGACUGCCCGGGGUUGUGCCGGCCGCCGCUGCCGCCCAGGCCGCCUCAGCUCUCCUCGGCACCGGCCCGCUCACUCCGCCCGGCCCUGCCCUAGCGCUGGCCGCGACCCCGGCGGAGAUCAUGAAUCAGACAGAUAAAAAUCAACAAGAAAUCCCAUCAUACCUUAAUGAUGAACCACCAGAAGGUUCAAUGAAAGAUCACCCACAGCAGCAGCCAGGCAUGUUGUCCCGUGUGACUGGGGGUAUCUUCAGUGUUACAAAGGGAGCUGUUGGUGCCACCAUUGGUGGUGUGGCUUGGAUUGGUGGAAAGAGUCUGGAAGUGACCAAAACAGCUGUUACAACUGUGCCUUCCAUGGGAAUAGGGCUGGUGAAAGGGGGUGUAUCUGCUGUGGCUGGAGGUGUUACAGCUGUUGGGUCUGCUGUUGUAAACAAAGUGCCCUUAACAGGAAAGAAGAAAGACAAAUCUGACUAAAAUAUAGAGAUACACUUGCGCUCCACAGCACUAUAAUGCCAAUGGCAUUGAAUUGCUAAAUUAUGGACUACAACCAAGUCAACUGUUUUGGACAUUUAUCUUCUAAACUGCUGUGUUGAAAGUAUUGAUGACUGGCUUUCAUCUAAAAAGAAGAGACCAAUACGAGCACAGUAUAUGAAGGUUUCUCAUACUUAAGUUCCAGCUUUUUAUCUGGUAAAAUGUUACACUUACUCGGUUGUAACUGAAGAUAUGGUAUGUUUGAAUAUUUACUAUAAGUCUUUCAGUUUGACUAAAAAUGUGAAAGUUGAAUUUAGUAGAUGAUCUUCACAGUUCCAUAUGUAUAAUGUGCCAGGUAACUCACCUGCCCCUUAAGAAGGGAACCUUGAAUUACAUAAGCCGUACCUUUGAUGUGCCUAAUAGUUUCAGAUGUCUUAGUUUUUUAUAACCAUAGUUGAUUAGGCCAAGAGACAUUCAUUUGUUAUUUAAGCUGGCAAAAUUAGCAGGAAUUAGAGAAGUUUAAAAAGAAAAGAUUAAUGGUUUUAUGAUAAUGUUAACCAUCUUUUGUUAUGCCUUACAAAAGAAAACAUCUUUUCUAAUACCCUGAAUAUGUGCUGUUCUUAGAAUCAUCUAUGGAUUCUUUUAAAGUUUGUUUGUGAAAUUAGUUUUCCCUCUUUAGAAUCUCAGGAGUAGUGGGGUAAAGACAUUUCCUGCUGUCAGUGGAUAAGACAGUGCUUGUUAACUCUUUUGGCAGUAGUUAAAAUCAAAUUGUACACUUCUCAGCCUGGGUUCAUGCUUCAUCAUUAAUACACCUCACAGUGCCUACGGAACAUUUACUUACUGGUUAGAAGGUAUUUUGGAAGAGUUUCAUAUUAAGGAGGAACAAAUAAUAAUUUUAAGUUCUUAAAAAUUACCUAAAACACCCCAAAUAUAAAAAGAAGCCUUCACACCUAUUCUGUCUUUAGGAUGUCUUAAAUUAUUAGCAGUACUCCUUUUUUAAAAACACUGUAAAAGUAACCACAAGUAUGUGAGGACUUACUAUUUUAAAUGGAAUGGAAUGAGCUCCAUAGAUUAGUUUUGAAUAUAAAAUAUAUAAAAGUGCUUCAGUGGUUUAUAUAGGCUUUAAAAACAUGUUAUCUUACAGUCCUUUAAAGCAGCCGUAGAGUUUGUAUCAUUUUUCAAGCCAAUUUCAGUCAGGGAUUUGAAGUGUUUGAUUAUGGAUGAUAAAUGUGUCAUAUCUUAUUAAUAUGUCUCAUGUCUCAUUCCUUCUUAGUAUGAUUUAGCCGGAAUUCAUUUUCUUUUUGUUUCAUGUUUAAUUUCAUAAAACAUUUAACAAUUGGCAUAUAUACUUGGUAUUCCUGUCCACCAAGGAUUAUAAUCCAAGUCUGGGAAAAUCUUAAAUUUCUUUUUACUUAAAUCUGGAAAUUUGUCUCCAUUCUGCCAACUUUUUUUUUUUUUUUUUAUAGUGGAGGGGAGGAAGGGGGGUGAUACCUUGCAGUAAGUAAGUCAAAAUAGCAUGCCUGAAAAUUUGAAACAGACCAUUCUAACACCCAAGGCUUGUUUAUAAAAUACUUGAGAAUUACGUUAAUGUGGAAUCAACAAAUGCAGAAGAAUAUAACAUAACUUUUAAAAGCUUUCAUAAAUACCAGCAGCAAUUGUAAGCAAAUUUACAAAGGUUCUUGAACCUUUCUAUUAUAUACAAAACUGAAAAGUCAUUAAGGAGUUCAACUAAUCAGGAAUUAAACGGUCAUUUAUUUCAUGCAGUAUGAUUUAAGGUAUUUCUUGGGAUUCUGGUCAAAUGUCAUAAUCAGCAAACGGGAUUAAAAAAAACUCCAAUAGGUGAACACUAAAUAAUUAUUUAAAUAAUGGUAUUGGAGAACUUGUUUCCUGCUAUUUGGAAGAGAUUGUUGCUUCAUUGCUAGUUUGUAUUUCUAACUUCUACAGUUAUAGACUCCACUGUGCUUUGUGUCUGAAUUUCUCAGUAUAGACAUUUUGUUUACUGUAUGCUUGCAUAUUUAUUUUCAACUUUGCCUGUCUUUAAAAUUGCUUGAGUAAAAUGGUUGUAAUUAAUUUCUGCUACAGAAAAGCCACCUGGUACGUUUUGUCUCAUCAGGAUUGUUUUAAAUUCUAAACUGUAACUUUGUUCAGAGGGGCUUUUGCAAUGAUAGCAGAAAACCGUACAAAUGUACAGUUAGUUAUAGAGGUUCUUGUUGAAAUGAAUUUACCAUCUGAUGAUAUGUAUGUACAGCUGUAUACUUGAGUCUUUUUUAGUUUACUUAGAAAGACUAGCAAUUUGACCUGUUAAACAGGACUAGUUCAAGUCAAGAAACUAAGGUGGUUGUAUACGCCUGGAGGCAUCUGUUAUUCAGCUUAUCCUUUGAGUGGGUAUUUGGCACAAUGAGGAUAAACUUACGUGACCCACUUGAAUGGCUGAUCUAAUAAUGUUGACAUUAUGCAUUCUGUACUUAGUGAAAUGUCAGAUGAAAAUAACUGAUGAAUAAUUUUUUUGUAUUAAAGGGAUGGGAAAAGAACACAUGAAUUUGUUAAUAAAGCACUAUGAUCUGCAAACGAUGGAAUGUUUCAUAAAGAUCUAAAGAAAUAAAGGAAACUUUAAAACA